CUUUCACUAUUUAUUCAUCACUUCUCUGCUAGAAAAAAGAACAGGAAAAUUCAUCUGUUCUUCUUCUUCUUUAGUCUUCUACAACGCAUUAAGGUGGAUCGGAAACAUGGAGUUCCUAAGUUGUAUGCUCCUCCUUGUGUUGACAUUCACCCUUACACAAGCUUUGUAUUCAAGAGUAUUCAGAAGCAGCACAAAACCAAAGUACAAGCUUCCACCAGGACCUGACCCUCUCCCCAUCAUUGGAAACCUCCUUGCACUUGGCAAAAAGCCUCACCAAUCCUUAGCCGACUUGGCCAAGGUUCACGGCCCCAUCAUGACCCUAAAGCUUGGUCAAGUAACCACCAUAGUUGUCUCUUCACCUGACCUUGCCAAAGAGGUGCUCCUCACCCACGAUCACUCCUUGUCUGAGUAUCGAGCCACUCCUGAAGCAGUUAAAGCUCAUGAUCACCACAAAUACGGCAUGGCCUUCAUGCCCGUUUCGUCUCGCUGGCGAGAGCUGAGGAAAAUAUGCAACAGCGAGUUGUUCUCACCCAAGAGUCUUGACACGAGCCAAGACCUCAGACGUGAGAAGCUGCAAGAACUCCUCCAUGAUAUCCACCGUUGCAGCCUUAAAGGUGAAGCAGUGGGUAUCGGGAAAGUGGCUUUCAAGAGUGUUAUAAAUAUGUUGUCAAACACUAUUUUCUCUUUGGAUUUGGCUCGCUCUGCAGUUUCAGCUGGAGAUUUUAAGGAGCUGGUGAUGAGUAUCUUGGAGGAUUCUGGGAAGCCGAACUUGGCUGAUUUCUUCCCUGUGCUGAAGAGUGUUGAUCCGCAGGGCUUGAAGAGUCGAAUAUCUCAUUCUACUGGGAAGAUCAUUGAUAUCUUUCAUUGUUUGGUUAAUCAACGCAUGAAGAUUCGGGAAGUCCAAGGCUUUGACACGAACAAGGACAUGCUAAGUACCUUGCUGAACAUUGCUCAAGGGAACAACCAAAUGAAAGGAACCCAAAUUGAACAUUUAUCUCUGACUAUAUUUAUCGGUGGAACGGAAACAAUUACAUCUAUGAUAGAAUGGGCACUCGCAGAACUACUCCAAAAUGAAAAGGCAAUGUCAAAAGCAAAACAAGAGAUGGAGCAAAUAAUUGGCAAAGGUAAACCCAUUGAGGAAUCAGAUAUUGCUAGGCUUCCUUAUUUGCAAGCGGUGAUAAAGGAAACCUUCCGUUUGCACCCUCCAGUCCCAUUUUUAAUCCCUCGGAAGGCCAAUGCAAACGUGAAAAUUUGUGGCUACACAAUCCCCAAAGAUGCACGUGUUCUAGUCAAUGUGUGGGCUAUUGGAAGAAACUCAAGCUUUUGGGAAAAUGCAAAUUUGUUUUCACCAGAAAGGUUCUUAGACUCUGAAAUUGAUAUCAAAGGUCACCAUUAUGAGCUUACACCAUUUGGUGCUGGGCGACGAAUUUGUCCUGGAGUACCAUUAGCUAUGAGGACAUUGUAUUUGAUGUUGGGUUCACUAGUUAAUUGUUUUGACUGGAAACUUGAAGAUGGAAUGUCAAUAGAUGAUAUGGACAUGGAAGACAAAUUUGGGAUAACUUUAGUAAAGGCUCAACCAGUGAGAGUCAUUCCACUGAAAAUAAGCAAUUAAGAAAGUCCAAAAAGUUUCACGUUGUGGAUUGAAAUAGUGAUUGGAGUAUAUUGAUCAUUUCCUCCGGUACUCAAUGUUUGUGAUGAGUCUUUUAUUUAUUUGAAAGGUUUCUGUGUAAAUAUAUAUUAUGCACAUGAUGAAUAUAUUUACAUAUGUGAAAGACUUAAA